AUGCAAUUAGCUCAUGAACUUGUUGGUGCUCACUUGAAUCGACGUCGACAACAACCACAAGCACUACAAAAAGAGGUUCGACUAGCUAUGGAAAUGAUAGGAUUACCAAUUGUUACUAAUAGCUCUUAUGCGAUGAGCAUAACAUUACAUUCUACACUAUUAACUAAAGUAGAAGACUCAAAACGAGACCCACAGUGUUCGUCAUGUGGUUCCAUUGCUCAAUUUGCAUGUAUUAAUCAUUGCGAAAUUGUUCUGUGUGCUCGAUGUACUAACAAGCAUCGUGCGGUUGUUAUUAAACAGAUGCACAAAAUUCUCAAGCGAUUGAAACUUUAUCAAAUGAAAUUGAUUGAUUCUACCGAUGGAUCUGAUCAGAAACCUGUUCAAGUAUCAGAAACACUAAAACGAAACUCUGAUAAUUCCAGAGACUCAAAUAUAUCAAUCCUAACAAGAAGUUCUCUGGAAAAUUAUUUAAUUACUCUCAAGGAGCAUCUUGAAAAUGAUCAAUUACUUAAUGCCAAAACUCUCACUGACUUAGAGAUAUGCCUCACUGAUCAUGCAGACCCAUUCACGAAAAAGUCUCCAACUCUUAUGAAUUCUUAUGAUUUCGAUAGGAAAACAUUCUCAUUUCGUCGCUCCCGACUGAAAGUAGCAACAACCGCACUAACUCGUUCCAAGACGAUUACUGUCUCACUCAAUACUCAAUUGAAUUUCACACGUCCUAUUGAACGUUCUUUUUCAAUGGGUCAACAUCCGAUAGCAGUGUCAUUAGUUGAUUCCUACCUAGAAACAUUUUUUUGUCAAGGUCGCGAUAACGGUGUCAUACUCCUUAGCUUAUUAUCUAUUGAUGUGUACACGCGUAGUUCUGGUUUAACCUGGUCGAUUCCACUUAGUCGAGUACUGGGCAAUAUAAAAGAUAAGAUCAUUGCAGGUGUUUGGUGCUCGUACACUGAACGCUUAAUUCUUGUUGGACGAUAUCAUUUUUACUUGUUUGAUAUGGAUCAACAAAAACUUCGAUGUAUAUGCAAGUGUGGAAGCGGUGCUCGCUGUAUGUCGGGCUCAAUGCCACCGGCAGCACGUCAAAGUAUAUCACCAAGAUAUCGAUGUCAAUCAACUUACGACGAUCGAACUAAUUCUCAGCGAUUUCUUGCAAGCAACCAUAAGGGAAUUUUAUUCUAUGCCUACAAGUCUGGAGCAGAUACAUACCGACUAGAAACUCGUACCUUGACAACAUCUUUGGAUGAUGUAGAACAAGAGAAAGACAAAUCAUGUUCUAUAUACGAUUCAUAUAAUGCAUGCGAUGACAAACAGAUGAAAUUAAUUAAUACUUUACCGAUUGAAGGACAAUUGGCCGCUCUAUCUGUAUCUUGUGAUCGUCUAGCUUUUGUUUACAGACGUUUUCCACAAACAGAGAAGUGGUCUACACAAUCAAGAAAUCUAUUAGACAUUGAUCACUAUUUUGCUUUGUACAAUCAUUCACUAAAGAAAAUGACUGAUCACGUUCGCCUGCCUUCUUCAAUUCGAUGGCUCACAGCAAUCGUAAGCUAUGGAACAGAUUCAAGAUAUCUAUUAUGUGAUCCUCGAAGCCAACAAUUACUUCUCUAUCAAGCUACCGAUAGUGUGUUGAUUCGCCGUUUUCAUAUUGCACCGAUUAAUGCGUGUUGUCUCACUGAUGGUCGACUAGUGUUAUGGAUACAAAAAGCAUAUUCGAGUUCACCGGUUGGAAAAUUACACUUUAUCAGUACUCCUCAUCUAGAAAAGUAUGAAAUAGUAUCCACAUCGUUAGAACUUUUAAAUAAGACGCUUAAAUAA